GUCUCCAUGGCAACGUGACUGAACUCAGUGGUUUGACAUGGCCGUUCGUUGUCCGUUCCAAACUUUUUUAGGUUUGAAAAGUGUCAAAUGUAUUUGCAUAGUUUCCAGAUUUUUUUCUUUUGCAGUUUUGUGUUUUGGAGCUGCUUCCUGUUGUUAGAAGAAACUCUGACUUUAUUGUCAGCACGCUGUGGAACUUUGGACACUUCUUUGGGACCUUGUUAGUUUAGUGAUGAGUUGUGAAGAGGAGCAGCGCUCGGCAGGCCUGGAGGCUGUGAUUCAGCAUGUCCCGUCUGUGUUUGAGGGAGCAGGAGCAGGUUUUGUCCUCUGAAGUUCAGGAGAGGCUCUUCCACGCAGGACCGAUGAGUGAGCGAGGGGCUGAACUCAGUCCUGGCGGACGUCUUCAGGUCUUUUCCCAGCACGCUUCAGGUUCCUCUCAGUUCCACCAGCAAACAAGAGCAAGACUUUGUGUAGCACCUUUUAAGCUGGAGAAAUCUCUUCUUCACUCCGAGGACGGCUCAGGAGAGAGAAGUCUGACCGUUCAAGUUGAUGACGGCGAGCCUGGAGGAGGCUCGGCUGUACCCAUCUUCACUCGCAUCCGCCAGAUCAUCACCAGCAACCUGGCUGCUGGAGAAGAGGCCUUGACAGAUACCAGCUCACAGACCUGUGAGGGGGGGGAGAGCAGAGCCCCAGGGGAACAGCCGCCCUCCAGCCAGCUGGACCGAGAUCAGCUGCCAAUCAAACGCUGCAGUGACAAACAGAGGGGAGCAGCACACUCUCAAGCUCAGGUCCAUCAGAAGCGUCUCGAACAGGAUCUUGGCAUUGACGUCCAGUUCAAGCUGCAGGAGGAGCAGAGGAGGUGUGCCAGUCUCAGCCAGGUGAACUGUGUGCUGCGGGAACAGCUGGACCAGGCGGGCGCCCUCAACAGAGAGCUGACUGAGAGCGUAUGGACGACCCAGGAGGAGCUGGUGCGGUGUGAGACACGCCUGCAGAGGCAACAGCAGAUGGCUGUCUCCCAGUCGGACCGCCAGCAGGCCGGGAUCAGAGCUGUGUGGCGCCUGGCCGCCUCCCUGCGGAGUGAAUUCACACAGCUUAGGACUUUCACUGACAGAACUCUUUUUGGAAUGCUUGCGGAGUGUGCUGCUGUGAGCCGGCUUCUCCAAGCUGCAUGUACGGGCUUUGAGGCCAGGCUGGCUGAAGAGGGUGCGUGCAGUCGUGUGACAGCACUCGAGAGACAGCUCAGGGAAAAGCUGAAGGAGGCCAUGCAGCUGCAGGCCGGCUGGGACGCUCAGAAAGUUCAGCUGAACUCUAGAAUCCAGGAAAUGACUGACGCCGUGCAGCACCUCCAGAGCCAGAAGGACGCCGGCCUCAGCGCCACGCAGCCGGGUUGGGAUGGACAGGAGAUCCACACUGGUUUGGAAGCAGCUCAGAAGCAGGCGGACACAUUAAAGAAUCAGCUGCAAGGAAAAGAUGUGGAGCAGAUGAUCCCCAAAGUACAGAGGGAAGGUCAGGAGGUCAAGGAUGUCAGCGCGAGUCACUGCUGCACAAAGGAGCUCAUUUCAAAUCAGAAGCAGAGCCUGGAGGAGCUGCUUCCAGGGCUGCAGCAGGAGGUGCGCUCUCAGAGAGAGGAGCUGGAGGGACUGCGGCGCUCGACGCUGGACCUCCAGAGGCAGUGGGACCUCCUCAGGCAGCAGAGGGAGGAGCUGGAGGCGCAGCAGGCACACCAACGCACAGAAGCCCAAAGAGGGGAGAACAGUCUGCAGGAGCUGGAAGGAAAGCACUCGGACCUGCGCAGGGAGCUCUUCCUGAUCAAAGAGGCCUUCAGUCAGGUCACUCUCCAGAAAGAGGUGCUGGAGAAGGACAAGGCCAGCCUCUCUGAAGCUCUCACCAAGAUGGAGUUCCAGCUUGCUGCAAAGGACUGUGCUCUGACCAAACUGCACAACCAGGAGGCUGAUCUAAAAGACACUGUGGUGAAAAUGGCUGCCCUUAGUGAAGGUCUAGCUAAAGACAAGGUGGCCCUCAGCCGGAUCGUGAUGCAGACGGAGGGGGACAAAGGCGAGCUGGAUGAGCGUAGACGGGAAGCUGUAGUGGAGCGAACCACGGCCAAAGAGCGUGCAGCACGGGCGCACGCAGACAUGACGACCCUACGAGCUGAAAAGCAAGCCCUGGAAAGAUCUCACACUCACCUGCAAGAUCUUUGCCAGAAGCUGGAGGCGGAGCUGCAUCUCCUGCUGGAGGAGAGAGCCAAGGCCCUGGAGACGCACUCCCAGGUCAGAAGGCAGAUGCAGGCUGUGACGGAGGAGCUGUGUGCGUGCAGGAAGGAGCUUGAGGAGAAGACCGAAGCCAUAAAGAGAGUCACCCAAGACAGGGAGGAGCAGGCCAAGGACAAGGCCGCCCUGGAAGUCAGGCUAAACUCUGCUGAGCGAAAGGCCUGUGUUCUCACGGAGGGGCUGACUGCUCUGAGAGCAGAGAGGGAGUCCCUGGAGAAGGCCCUGUUUGAGAGCCAGGAGCUUUCUGCCUCCCUGGAGGCCGAGCUCGGCAGGCUGGAGGGCAGCAGGAACAGCCUGAUCCUUGCUAACCAGGCCUUGACGCGUGAUGCAGCUCAGAGACGUGGAGAGGCUGAGCGAGAGCUCGCAGAAGCAGCACAACAGACAAGUGAACUGGAGGAGAAACUAGCUCAAGUGAAAAGAAAUGCUCUGUUGACGCUGAGCAACAAGGAGCAGAUUCACCGAGAGCAGAUAGAGACGGAGCGCAUGCAGAGGGAGCAACAAUGUUCAGAGCUGGUGGCUCUUCAGGAUCAGGCUGAGGAGCAGCUGCAUCGGCAGUGUGAAGAGCUGCGCAUGCGCAGCCAGAGGGAGCUACAGCAGGUGCGAGAAGAGCUGGCCUGGAUGCAGAAAGAGUUCAGCCAAAGUCUUCUGCAGGCUGAGAGUGAGAAGCAGCAGGCUCUGUCUCUGAUGGAGGCAGAGAAGGUCGCCCUCUCAGAGAGAAUGGCAUCCCUGCAAAAGGACGUCACCAGAGCAGACGUGGAGAUCCAACUCAUCCGCAGAGAUGCCAUCAGCAAACAGGAACAAGAUCAGAACUCUAUAGCAGUUCUUCAGUCGCAGCUGCAGGACCUGCGGACUCAGCUGGAGGGGUCUCUGGACUCCCACCAGGAAGCCCAGAAGAGUUUGACAGAGCAGGUCAAAGAGCUGGAGGAGGAGAAAGAACAUGCCCAACAAGAGGUNCUGGCCCUUCGUCAUCGUCUGCAGGAGGCAGAAGACAAUCUGGUUAGAGGGCAAAGAGAUCUGAUUGAGGCUCACAGAGAGAUUCGGGAUUCUGCACAGGAGCAAAAGAAUUUAAGAGAGGAGGUGCUGGACCUGAGAAAGCAACUGAGCAAUGAAACCAGGAUGAAGGAAGCCGUCCGAGCCUCCAACCACCAGCUUCAUGCUCUCAUCAAGAAAGCAGAGAGUGACAAGAGCAGUCUGAAACAGGCUUUGGAUCAGCAGGAACAGAAGUGGUUUGUUCUGGAAGAAUGUAAGAACUCAGCGCAGCAGGAGGCAGCCACUCUCCGAAGCAGCAUGAGCGAGCUGGAGAGGACCCACCUGCAGUCAUGCAGACUGCUGCAGGAGCUGCACAGACAGGUAAAGAUGCUUGAAGGCGAGAACAGCCGUCAGAUGGAGGAGCUGCUGGAGCUACAGGCCCGGGUUUGUCGUGAGGAGCAGAAGGAGGAGGAGGCCCGUCAGGAGGCGUUCACCCUGCAGCAGAGACUACACCAGUGUGAGGCUGGGAAGGAAGCAGCACUAAAGGAGGUAGCAGGUCUGCAGUGCCGCGUGAGGGAGCUGGAGACAGCCGAGGAGUGGAGCUGCCGUAUGCAGCAGGAUCUGCAGCAGACGCUCAGUCUGCGCAGGGAAGCUACGGCUCAGCUGGAAGUUGCGCUGGAGGCUUCCCGGACUCAAAUCAAGGACCUCUCUGUGCAGCUCCGCCUCUGUGAAAACACGGCCCAGAGCUUGGAGGAGCAGCUGGUUUUAAGUGAUGCCCAAAACAAGGACUUAGAGCAUCAGCUGGCAGAGCUGCUGUCAGCCUUCCGCUCUGCAGUUGGUGUCAACCAUGGACGGCUGUCGUGCAAAUCUGCAUCCAGAUCACGCUCUACAGGUGGAGAAGAUGAAGCUGGGGGAUCAACCUCGUCUUCUGAGGAAGAUCUGAGUGUGAAACAUGUUGACAAGGCUCUACAAGGACUACUGCAGGAACUCAGGGACGCACAGACAGAGAAGGAUGAAACCAAAGCUCACGGAGUCAUUCUGAGUCGAGAAGUGAAGGAGCUAAAAGACUCCCAGGAGAUGUUGACCACCCAGCUGCUGCAGCUCCAGAGGUCCUUGGAGCAAUCAGAGAAAGGACAAGAUGAAACGGCGGAGCAGUUGCUGAAGGCACAGACGUCUCUGUCCCGGCAGCAGGACCUCGCACAUCAGUCCGAGAGGGAAAAGAGAGGCCUGGAAGCAGAGCUGGCUCAACUCAGAGUCAGACUGCAAGCUGCUCAGACUGAGUCCAGAUCCCUGCAGGACAGAUUGAAGGUCUCGCAAGGGUUAGAAUCAUCUGCAAAUGCAGAAGUGAGGAAACUCAAGGAGUCUCUGGAGGCCGCCCAGAGCAGAGUCGGAUCUUUGGAGCUCUCCCAGCGCACCCUGGAAGGUGAGCUGGACAGGGCUCAGCUGAGGGCAGCAGAGCUGGAGGCUGAGGCCACCGCGCUGCAGGAGCGGCUUACAGACACCAGGAGGAAACUGAGCGAGAGCGAGGAUCACCGCGCUGCUCUUAAGGUCAACGAGGAGAAGCAGGCCACCAUGCUAACCCGAGCUGAGCAGCAGGAGAGCCAGCUGAGAGAAAAGACCCACAAACUUUCCACCAGCCUCGGUGAGCUGAGGCACAGCUCUGAAGGACUGCAGCAGCAGGUGACAGAGCUGCAGCGCGCUCUCGUGUGCAGCCAACAGGACAGACGGCUGCUGCAGGAACGCCUGGAUGAGACAUGGGAGGCUCUGUCAGAGAGUAAAAAGCUGAAGCAUACACUCACAGAGGAGAAGCAGAACCUUCAAAGAGCACAGGAAGACUUGGAGCUGAAGAUGUCAGAGCUGGAGGACCGAAACAAGGUCCUGAAGGAGAGCCUGAAACAGCAGCAGGACGCUGAGCUUCAAACAUCCCAGCAGCUCCUCAACGACAAGGCCAAACUCCAGGAGAAGCUCGGCCUCCUGCAGACCUCGAUGCAAAAGCUUCAACAUGAGAACGCAGAGAUGGAGCAAAACCUGGCACGCCUCAGGAAAGACAAGUCUGUCCUGAGGAAGACACUGGAGAAGGUGGAGAUGGAGAGGCUGAGGAAGCAGGAGGAGGCAGCCUCUGCUGCCAGAGACCGAGCCCAGUUGGAGCAGAGAGUCCAGAGUGUGGAGCAGCAGCUGGAGGAGAAGCAGGACGUCCUGCAGGUUCUGCAGUCCCAACUGUCCCACUCGGAGCACUCCCACGCCCAGCGCCUCCUGGAGGUGACAGCCUAUCAUCACAAGGAGCUGGAGGAGGAGCGGGCCCGUCUGAAGGAGAGUCAGCUCAGAGUAGAGUUCGCCCUGGACGGCCGGGAGGCGGCUCACCAGCAGACGGUCAGACGUCUGGAGGAGCAGGUGCUGACCCUGAAAGAGCAGCUGGAUCAGGAGACCAGAAGACGGCAGACCUGCUUUAACCAGAUGCUGCAGUCUGGUAGACAGUGAGGAGUGGAGCUCCUCGCCUUUCAAACAACCCACUGUGUGGCAUAAGAGCACAAUCCCAACACACGUGCACACAAGAUUACACUAAUCUGCAGAAAAACGCAACAACAACAAACAAUGAGGGUUUUGUUGGUGCCGAAAGGUUUUCCUGCUGUCUGAUAGUGAGCCAUCGUUCUUUCUCCGGUGACGGUGGAACACAAAAUCUUUAAUAUAAUGUAACUUUUUAACCUUUAACAGGAUAAU